AUGCCGCCUCCAAACUCGGCAUCACACGGGACGCCGGUCUUGUCCCCUACAUCGCGCGCGCCCGUACCUGCGCCCGAGACCGAGCCUCCCUCUCGGCGAAGAUCACUCACCGAGACCGUAGUCUCCUUAGGCCGAGAGAGUGACGACGCCCACGACGAAAAUGUCGACUUCCUUCGCAACCGAGCUUUCUUGUCAAACCCACCUCUACCGUCGAUGAGUCGCCGUCCCCGUCGCGGCUACGGGAUCCCGCAUCUCCCGCAGGUGGCCGACCUACCUAGUGACGACCGAAUGGAUCUCGAUAAUCCCAGCAGUACCCGCCUGUCCGUCGAGAUCAACCAUCGCAUGCCAAUCGUCCACGACCAGUCAGGGAACCAGAGGGCCAUGCCAAAUUACGAAAACCGCCGGGCGAACAUACGGUCUCUGUAUGGAUGGGCCCCUGGUUCAGACGGAGAGAGCGAGGACAAUCGGCACGAGGAGCCAGAAGAUGAGCUAGUCCGGCCUUUUCUUCACGCCGCCUCUGGCCAUAGCGAAAUAUCCAAUCGAGAGGUGGGAGGCGAUACCGAACAUCGCGCGUCAGCCGCUGCGGGGUCCGUCCCCAACAAUGCCGGUCGCUGGAUGACACCACCGAUUCCCAUGGACGUCCUGCUGUCAGCACGGCGACAGCCGAAUGCAUCGCAGAUGCGAACGCUGGAGAGGUUCCUUUUGGAUCGAUAUGGAUCUCAACCGAUCGACGAGACUGCAGACACCGAGCGGGGAGUGGGCUCGCCGUCAACCAGGGUUUAUCGAUAUCGCCCACCGAGCCGGGGAGAUUUCCGCCGCGGGAUGAACAAUAAUGAGCUUCGUGCCAGAGUCGCUGCCAACCGACAGUCUAUUCACAGCCCUGCAGAGGACUCGCUACUCAAAGAUACUAUCAAAUACCUCGACCGUUUACGAUAUUCGAACUCGUUCGAGGAAAGCAUUAGCUCUGCCGCUGCUACAGGCUUCAUUUCCCUGGAAAACUUCUCGCUUAAAGACAAUGACCUUUUGCUCGACAUUCAUGCUAUUGGACCACCCGAGCGAUGCUCAUGGCUACAAGAGGGAAUGGUGUUUGAGGGCUGCCAGAAAGCAGCCAACGCGGGGGGCUCUGCUUUACCCCAACGCGCUCAGGCUCCCCGUGUCAUUACUGAACCGGUGAUCGUAAACGGCAGUGACGGGACUCGAAUCAGUGUACACACUCUUAGUGGACGCCGAUAUCUCGCCAAUACUGCGCGCGACGAGAACUGGCCUGUCAAGGUGACGAUCCACAGCAUCAACUACGCCGACAUGACCCUUUCCGGAACGAUGGAGGCAUACAACAUACCCGACAAAUCGUCGCCUAACCGUGACGCUCAUAUCAUUACCUUUCUGGAAGGCGAGAUCAUUGACUUCAACCAACACACGCUGGAAACCAAAAAUUUCAAGGCGGAUGCAGACAUCGACAGUACGUACUGGCGAGAACUGCAGCCGUUCAAGGAUCUGUCAGAUGCUGAGAUCUCGAAGAAUCUCGUGAGCAAGAAAUGGAUUACGGAGCAGCUACUUCAGGGGUGGAUUCUUAUGCGCUGGAAGGAGCGAUGCUUCAUUACUCCCACAGAUGCCCGACAAGGCCUAACGAUCUCUGGCUUCUAUUACAUCUCCCUUCGCCGUGAAGAUGGUCGUGUCGAGGGUCUCUACUAUGACCCCGGUAGUUCGCCUUACCAGCAACUUUCCCUGAAGCCAAAGAUGGCCAGAAUUGCCUGUCCGUCAUAUUCCUUCCGCUAG